AUGGCGCUGAGGGCCGUCGCUUUCACCAAGGUCAUGACACUCGUGUUCCUCAUGGAACAGCCACUUUCUCCUGUCUUCAGCCUUGAUCGUGGCUACGGCACAGCAUGCACCCCCACCACCUCCCAAACCAGUGGCCACCUCCUAUGCCACGGUGACACUACCAGUGUAAAGGUUGCUCACCCCCCUCCCAAACCAUCACAUUAUGCAACUCCUCUACACCCUUCAACACACUAUGCAACCCCUGUUGUCUAUAAGUAUGAGUAUGCACAUGCUAAACAUGCACCAGAAUAUGUUCCAGCACCAAAACAUGCACCAGAAUAUGCUCCUGCACCUAAACCGGUUCCAGAAUACGUUCCUGCUCCGAAAUAUGCAGCUCCAGAACCGGUUUUAGCAUAUACACCUGCUCCAAAAUAUGCAGCUCCAGAACCGGUUAUAGCAUAUACACCUGCUCCAAAAUAUGCAGCACCAGAACCAGUUCCAGCAUACACACCUGCUCCAGAGUUUGUUCAUGCAUAUGCACCUGCUGCUCCUAAACCGGUUCCUGAAUAUGCUCCAGCAUAUUAUAAAGCAGCUGUUCCAGUUCUCAAGCCUGUUCCAGAGCAGUACUAUGUUUCAGCACCCACACCAAAACCCGCUCCAGAAUACUAUGCCCCAGCACCAAAACCUGUUCCAGAAUACUAUGCCCCAGCUCCUAAACCUGAGUAUUAUGCUCCAGCCCCAGCUCCAAAACCUGUUCCAGAAUACUAUUCUCCAGCUCCAAAACCUGAAUACUUUUCCCCAGCUCCAUCUCCCAAACAUGCUCCAGAAUACUAUACCCCACCAAAACCUGCUUCAGAAUAUGUUCCAGCUUUUGUACCAGCUCCAGAGUACGUUCCUGCCCCCAAACCAGCCCCAGAGUAUGCUCCAGUGUCACCAAACUUGGUUAUCCAGCCAACCUGCCACGUCUUUACUACCCUGCUCCCCAGCAUCCAGCUCCAGUGGUGGUUCCAGCUCCAACUGCUCCAGCUGCCCCCACACCAGCCCCGCAUUUGAAGUUUGCUGCUGCCGUUCCAGCUAUCGCUCCCUUCCUCAGGUUUGCCACAUACCCAGGACCACCAGCUAGGAGCCCUGAACCGGAACCAGAACCGGAAGUGGAACCGGAAGUGACCCCCACCCCGCACCGGCACCGGAACCAGCUUCCCCCACCAGCCCCUCACUACUUCUCCUACUU